AUGGCUGCGGGUUUCUUUAAGAAAAUCUGGAAUGGAAUCAAGAAAGGUGCAACAUGGGCUUGGAAUACAGUUAUCAAACCAGUUGCAACUGAUGUAAAAGAUUUCUUACCAGCAAUCGGUACUGCAAUAGGUGCUAAAUUUGGUGGAGGACAAGGUGCUCAAAUAGGUGGCACCGCUGGUGAAAUUGCUAAGGGUCUGAUUGGUGGUAAGAGGCGGUGA